AUGAUCUCGAGACUUCCUGUGGAGAUACAGGUCCGUUUGCUAAAGAUGGAACCCAGUAGCUCCCUAAAAAUGACUAAUUCCUAUUUUUACAUACUUUACAAUGAUCUAUACUACGACAAGAUCAUUGAGUCAUUUGGCAAAAGUAUAGUUCCUGUACUAAUAAAAAUACUUCCUUGGCUCAAGACAUAUAUCAAAACCCUUGAAGUAUUUAGAUCAAAAAGCCGUCAAAUAAUAUCCAACCGCCUUGACUUGACCGAUACUGGAGUCGAUUAUUUAGGGAUUUCUUGGGAGAAUCCUUUGCAUUGUCAAUUCAUAAAAGAUUCAUGGAAGUAUGUUUAUUCGGUGCUCAAAAACAAGCGUCUUUUUGCUGAAUACUCAGAUUACAAGAUAGACAGACCCACUAAUUAUGUGUACCACCACUUUGUCGAAGUCAACCGAACCUAUCUUCUUUCCUACACUAAAACAGUAUGGUUGGCCGCUGGCGACUAUAAUCUUAAUAUUGGAUUGGUAAUUAAACAUGGAAAUGGAUUGGGAACAACAAAAUUUGAGAUUGAGUACGAGUCUGAAGACGGUAAGACAGUGGCACAGACGUUUUAUCCGCCUUCAAACAUAAAUGAUAUACUUCCGAAGAAGCAAUUUUGUUUCUUGAAAAUUGGAGAGUUCUCAAUCCCACAGAAGAAGAAACCUUCUGAGAAUAAACUCUUCAAAGUAAAGUUCACCAUGGAAGAAAUUGGAUUAUACUUGAAAUCAGGUUUCAGAAUAUUUUUCAUCGAUUUAUCCCAGCCUUCCAUGCUCUUCAAUGAUUACGAUUUGCUAUACUAUAGCCUUAUGGAAACUGACUACAAAUAUUUCAUUAACAUACCGAUGAAGAAUUUAUACAGAGCCUUGAACUACGUGCAAAAUGGUGGAAAUGAAAUGGCACCUUUGUGUCCUUCAGGGUCCGUCGAGUAUGGAAGUGGUGAGCCAAUGGAUAUCUGGUCAGAAUAUAACCAGGAGUAUCUAAAUACGCACAAUGCGAAGUGUGGCCACUGUACAGAUGAAGAGGUAGUUCCAACAAGAACCAAAAGUAUCAUGGCAUUUGAAAAUGACACCCGUUGGUUGCAGUGUUGUGAAGAUAGGUUAAUGCAAUAUGGCAACUUUUUCUUCAAUAAUAAUUUGAAACGGCGCUAUUUCAAGUUCAACACUGUUUAUCAAAGGCGACAGUUCAUAAAUCGCUAUGGAGACUUCGAAUUAGAUUGGGAAGAAAAUGCUAAUGGUACUCACAAAGAUGGCACUCAUCAGGAACAUAAAAAUAUUCAGCCCUACUCAUAUGACCUGGAAGGUAUUAAGUGGAAAAUACCUAUCUUAGGUGAGCUUUAA